UGAUUUCAGAAAAAGAGCACCCAAAGUUGGUGCAUUUACUCAAUGUGAUGGUAACUUCCCCAUCGUUGUUACUGAGGAUAAAUACACUCCGUCAAUAUUUGUACCUGGUAAAAAGAACAUUGAACGUAUUGUAUGGGAUAGCACCGUUGAAAUUGAACCAAAAACCACUCUUGUCAUGACUGUCACCUUACUUGAUGGUACACCAAUAUUAACACAUGAAGAGGAUUAUUGUGAAGGUGAUUCAAAACCCCCUGAUAUAGAUUGUCCAAUUCCGGCAGGACACCUCGAAUUUACAAUAGAAUAUCUGGUCCAUAAUAGUCCUAACCAACCUGUGAAUGAAACCAUCAAUUAUCUCAUAAAAACGACUC